CAAUUAAGUUUCCGAUGAAGCUAUUCAAGAAGCACACCAUCUGAUUCAACUCGAAUAUCCUUGUGAAAUCACAGAGUUCAGGUAGACCACCACACUUGGUGAAUGAAAACAGGAGCGAGCAUCUUCCGAAAAAAAAACAAGGCCAAAAUUGGUCUCUCAACCGUUGAAAAUGACCCAUCUUCCCUAAUGGUAAUCAAAUACAAUCCUGUCAUUCCAAAUUUAGGCCACUCGUCUCUUUUUCAUUCCGGCAACACUGUCCGACCCGGGUUUGGUUCAUCGUAUUCCUCAUCAGAUUCGGCCGAAUCGAGUCCCAAAUCAGCCAAUCCAGCGAUAUCUUGAUCUCCUUCUGGAGUCAUACUUACAUCCGGAAAGAAUCCCACACGCAUCUAGCUAGCCAUCUCUGAACCCGCCGGAGAUAUGCCCUUGAUUCCCUAGAUAAAGGCACACCGACAUCAGACCUAAUCGGAUUGAAAGAUGGCCCCAGCUCCGGGCGAAUUGUUAUUCUUUGACACGUUUUCCCACGAAAUGGUCGAGCUCAAUCUGGACCUGGUCCAGUUUCCACGGCCCGUUUUUGUAGAAGAAGUGCGGGUGAUUCCCUUGGGGGCGCGAGUGGAGGCUAAUUUUCCGGGGGGCGUGCGUCUUGGGGCCACUAAUCCGACGCAAUUCAAGUUGGAGUGCUUCGUCAACAAUUUGCGGAACCCCGGGGCCGCCACAUUCGAGACCGUGGGUACGCUCAACUUCAAGCACGAUCAUGAGAUCCAUCUCCAUAUGGAGAAGGUCAUUCCUACCGAUGGCCUGGUCCUCAGGGGCAUGUACAACGCCAUCACUCUAGCCGUUUACGGCACUUUAUCCAAUUCAACGGCCGAGCAGUUUGCUUUGGAAGCGGCGAAUGCGGCGGCGGCCGCUUCAGCCGCGGCAUUGGCGGCAGAAGCGGCCGCUGCUGCUGCUGUCGCGGCCCUGCCCGUCGGGGAUUCGGGGACGGGCGAAGGUCGCUCGAUUGUGUUAAUGAACGGCAAAGGGGGCCGAAGGUCGUCUAGGUCACCGACUUCGUCUUCGGACAAUGGCUUAGGGAUCAAGAUCCAGGACUCUCCGUCAUCCAAGUAUUCCACUCCACCACCCACGCAAGACAAUCGUCACUCUCCAGUGUCCUCGAGUCAUCCCGAACGAGUUGUUCCCAUCCCCAAAGACGAUAUUUUGGAUAAUGUUUCGGAUAUUUCCGAUGGCGAUAUCCCGGAUUUAAAUGAUGACGAGCCCAUGGAACCUGCCGAUGAACCCGACAAAACUUCUUCAGCCGAGACGACCGCUCCACUUGUGACGGAUACCCUUGCUAAACCCACACCCGAUGAAGAUACUAGUGGCGCCGUAGUGCCGGAUGAUGAGUUCAUGGAAGCUAUCUCGGAUGAUGAGGCCGAGUGGAGUGAUGACGAUAUGACUGACUACGACUUUGGUGACUGGGAGGAUCCCGUCAAGAUUCACGAUUGCUUCUCCGUCGAGCUAUUCGACAAUUACGUUUGUGCCCCCUCGAUCGCUGACUCGGAGCUGGACAGCUUGUCUUUGAAAGUGAGCGAGUUGGGAGACAUGGUGCUGGAUCAGAAGUGGAUCGAUCAUAUUGAUUCUUUGGUAUUGGCUCUGGAACCGUGGAAGCAUCGGGUUGAUUUGCCUCAAGAGUUGUCAGACAAAGUGUGUGUGAUCGCUCUGGAUUGCGUCUCCUUAGACAAGGCUCAAAGUCAUUCGUUACCCGCAGCCACUAUUCGACACUUGAAAUCCGGACUUAAAUUCGUGAAGAAACUCUUCUCGCUCUCGUCUCAAUGCGUUCAAGUUCUCGUUGAAGAGCGGCACAUUCAUGAGCAGCUCCGUACGAUUCUAUCCUCGGGAAACGUGUCCACCUCCAUUAAGUAUCGUGCCUUGGAUCUCAUGGACACCACAUUAGACUGGGCAAUAAAGGAGCCCCAAAAGACAUCUCUGUAUGAGUUCUGCUUAAGCCAAUGUGAAAGCUCUAGUUUGAGGCUCAAACCCGUCUACGUAAGGCUCUUGAAACGUUACAAUUUGAAGGAAUCGCUUCAAAAAUUACGGAUAUUGACCACGGCUAUGAUGUCGACUGGCGACGAUGCCUCCAGUGGUGAUGAGGGUGUGAGUGAUCUCUUGCAGACCAUCUGGAAGUUUUUCCGUGAGCUCUAUCUUCAUCGUGCUCAAGAGCAAAUACAAACGGUGGGUUAUCCGGGCUCCAAUGAAGACCCUCCUUUGGAUCAAAUGCAACUUUGUUGCCAAUCAGAGCAAUUCUUGCAAUGUCUUAUUGUUCUGUUGAGCGAUCCGGCCAGUUCCAACUUGGUGUUGGAUUAUUGCUUUCAAAUCCUGGAUCAGUUUGUGAAUUCUCUUCCUGGCUUGUAUUAUCUCUCGAACGAGAAACAGGCUGUGCGUCAGUUGACCAAGCUAUUGUUGGGCGGGGAAUCUGUCAAUGAAGGUGGGGUGGGGUCUGAUGAAUUGGGGCGGUCCGAGGAGUCUCAAAUAUCUUCGCUGGGUCAGAACAUCGCCUUUGGAACUUAUGGUCUUCAACAAAGCCUCAAACUGGUUUCCAAUCGCGACCCCAGAGAUAUUUUAGAAACCAUUCAGAAUUUGCAUGCACUCACAUUUUCCAAUGAGGGACAAUUAGCGUUGGUCAAAGUGCUCUGCCUUCAAGAGGAUCUCCAGUAUGUUCUCGUCAACUUGGUUCGACUUCAAGAAAGUGAGGAAGAUGUGGAGCAGGGUGCCAUCAAAGGUUAUGCCAUGGAUCUUUUGAUUGUCCUAUUUCGAUACUCCGAUGACAUUGGCUCGAUGCGUGGGAUCACGAACAAUAUAGAUUGGAUUUCCGAAGAGGAUUGGAUUAGUGAAGAGAACUAUGUGAAUGAAAUCCGGACAGAAUUGAGUCUCUGGCUCAAGGCCACGAAGCUGGCCUUGGGCAGUGAUUUCUCGGCCUUGGCCCUAUCGAUCGAAAAGAACCUCGAAAACACGAAUCCAAUCGCCAUUGAUCUGAUUCAGGCCGUGCGAGCAUUAUCCAUGAGUGCCAAACAAUCCAGUCCCGAGGGAGAUGUGAAACGUGAGGAGAAUCUGCUACAGAUGUUCAAUAGUGGCGUGUGUGAUCAUUUUCUCACCAUUCUUGGGAACAUCAACGGCCACCAUCAACAGCCGGAUCUUCAAACGGCCACAUUCUUAGGCCCAAGUGGGUUCCUUUUGGUUUCAUUAAUCAAUAACAUAAUGGUGAUUCUCCGCGAGAUUUUGAACAUUCGCAUUGCCUCGCAUGGAUCGGGUUUCAAGGAUACGAGUCUUCUAGCACCUUUGAUGCGAAUCUACGCACUUUUAAGUGUCGUUCCUGAACGAGCCCUGUGUAAACAUCUCGCCGUGGAAGCAUCCCGAUUUGUCAUAGAAACCUUGGGAAUAUUUACUGCCAAUUUGGAGGACGGUGAAAACUCUUCAGUCGGCACUAGCAUUUGGACCACGUUGCUCAAAGACCUGUUCUCAUUCUCCAUUGAGAGUGCCAAUUCCUACCUCCCGGGGUUGGAUAUAUUGUCUCACCUACUUCCAUGUUCUUUUCCUGUGGCAUUAGGCAGGCAAGCCCUACCACAAGAUAGUGGGGAUCAAGACAGGUUGAACAAUGCCAAGAAGAUAUGGAGUGUCCAUCUUCUGCUGGCUGAAUCCGAUUUUAUGGCUUGGGCCAAACAUGUCAUGAUGUGUUACCAGAUGGUCUCGAACAAGUUGACGGAAGUGCUUGCCCAACUCAUUGAUCUGAGCCCAGCUAUCGUUCAGCUAUUGACCGCUGCCUAUAUUGACCUUGUAUUGGAACUGGUCGAGGAUCGCGAGUGGUCAGUUUUAGCAGUUGUCAUGGCCUUGGGAGCCCGACUUUCCGCUUUGGUUAAGUUUAAGGUGGCCUUGUCUCGCCUUUUCUUAGAGGACAAAGGCAAAACGCUACUGGAGCGACUUAAGGACCUGACUUUGAGUAAAACGCUGAACUUGGCAGUUAUGACUCAAUUUGUGGAAAUGAUUCAGAAUUUGUGUGACGAAAAGUACGGUUUCCAUCCUUUACCCAAUGAAACUCGAGACGAUAUGCUGGCCUCUCUCCAGGCCAGUCUUCCUCCUCAGAGUGUGCUAUUGGAGUUCAUCUUGUACCUGUGGCAUUUGAUGUCAAAUGAGACUCACGUGGAGCUUCAUGUUCCAGCUUUGAACAUUUUGAGAGUGAUCUGUCGGCACGACUUUGGAUUCGCUUUAGUUCAGCACUGCCUCACCAAGAUCUUGAUCGCACCCUGUUUAUCUGUGGUCAAGAGUGUAAGUGGUCCGGGGGAUUUGGCCAAGAGCAAAAUGAAAACUCUCUUGGCGUUUCUGGACUUGGUCACAACCCUGCCAACCGAGGAGACUGCCCCACUUCCAGCUUACAAAAGGACAAAAUAUUUCAAGGACGUGCAUUUGCGAAAACUGUUUGGUGGGUCGUCUGAGGAAGCGAGUGAUGCUAUUCAAAAGGUUAAGAAUGCACUAACCUUGGACGACAAACAAGAUCUCAAAGAUUCGAGCGAUGAUGUCACUGAGUUGCUCAAACGCCUCGAUGAGCUCGACCACUCUGUUAAGAGUUGGGGCGAUGGAAGCGACUUGAACGGUGAGAUUGAUAACCCAAUCGCCAACUUGGAAGCUAGCUUUCCAACAUUAUCGGAAUUGUUUGCCAAUGCCAAAAAGUUGUCCCUUGAAGAGACCAUUCUUCCGAUGAAUCCAAACGGAAAGGCCCUCUCAACUUCAAGUGUGGUCGAGACGUUGGAUCUCAUUGAGGUGACUGAAGUGGCUCUAUGUAAGGAAUUUGAUCUCACGGAAGAGCUCAAGAAAGUGUGUUAUGAGAAGAGUUUGGCCACGAACACCGACACCAAAGUGGUCAAGAAAUCCGAGAUUGAGCGAAAAGCCCUGCAUAACAAAAGCCUCAUUUCGAACUUCAAAACAGGCGGCCAAAUCUCGAUCCGGGGCCGAGUGUACAACCGUCUGGGCUCCAGACCCGAUGGCUUCCGAUCUCGUCCUGCCAAUACUUCCCGCCCACCAUCGCUUCACGUCGACGAUUUCCUAGUGUUACAACAAAGAGGCCAACAACCCACCGGACCUACUGGAUACAAUAAACAAUCUCUGUUAGCCGCCAAGGAGUUGUUCGCCGAGCGUGAGGCCCAGCAUGCCAAAUCCUCGGUGCCCGGAUUCCGAGAGGCCACGAAAGAGCCGGUAUAUGAUGGAGGGCGACCGGGUGGGGCUGGUGGAGGUGGUGGUUCUGGUGGAGUGGGCCGAAGGGGAGGAGGAAAUGGAGGUCGCCCUAAUGGUCCCAAUGGACCUGGGGGAAGAGGACCUCGACCCUCUCGUGGAUGGUCGCCCGGAGAAGGCGGCGGCGGCGGCGGCGAUCGAAGACAAGGUAGAAGAGGCGGAGGCAAUUGGUCCGGAGACCGGCGAUCUUCUUUGAAGGAGCGAAGGAAGUUGGGCGGACGAGAUGAUCGAAAUAAGAUCCCACCUCGAUCCAUGAACCGAUAAGAGGGGGUACGCGGCGCAUUUAACUUGCAACUCAAUAAAUAUCAUUCAUCCAA